UUAAAUGUACAGUAUAUCGUGUGUGUACUGUGUGUGUCUAGGUCAUUCAGUUGUCCCGUCGGCUGUGGCAUGUUGAUAUACUGUAUAUUGGGGAGCAAGAUUUGCCCUGUCUUCCACUUCUAGGAAGAUUUUUAGUUUGAGAGCUCAUUUAGUUAUUUGAAGCCUACAAUUGAGUUUUUUAUUUCAGUUAUCUGUUCCCAAAAUGGCAGACAGGCCUUGUACAGACACAAAACAGUGAACGUAUAGCAUAUAGAUGCCGUUCUCUUCUCUUAUUCCCUUUAUAAGUAUUCCAAAUGACUGACAUAUCAUUUAACAAAUAUAAUGUACGUUUGGGGGCGGGGCGAUUGCUGAGUGGACCAGUGAGAACGCAGCAAUGGAGUGACGCGAUAAUCAGGAAGGAUUUUUUUUUUUUCCUCCCACCCUUCUCGAUGUCAACAGUAGCAUCGUGUUUGAGCCGAUGGAUAGUACCGUAGGGAUGUGACGUUCACUCUUGUGUUAACUUUAUUUGAAGGAUAUCGUGUCUUUGUAGUAACAGACCAAAAUGUGUACGCCUUUCCGUGUAUGUCUCCUGCUCCUGGGUCUUCACACACUGGCACUUGCUGUUUUUGGGAGACGAGAGACGAGAAAUGUCCUUUUCAUAAUAGCAGAUGAUUUGCGGACAUCACUGGGCUGUUAUGGGGACUCUGUGGUAAAAUCACCUAACAUUGACCAGCUAGCAUCCAAAAGUCAAGUUUUUCUCAAUGCAUAUGCACAGCAAGCUGUGUGUGCUCCCAGUCGUACGUCCAUGUUAACUAGUCGCAGACCAGAUACAACCAGGCUCUAUGACUUCAACUCCUACUGGAGAGUACAUUCAGGGAACUACACAACUCUCCCACAGUAUUUUAAAGAUAGGGGGUACUUCACCAUGUCUGUGGGCAAAGUGUUUCAUCCAGGAAUUGCCUCUAACUACACUGAUGACUACCCCUACAGCUGGUCCACCCCUGCCUACCACCCACCUUCAUUUAGAUACGAGAAGAAAAAGGUGUGUAAAGGAGAGGAUGGUAAACUCCACGCUAACUUAUUGUGUGCAGUGGAUGUGGCAGAACAGCCCGGGGGAACCCUCCCUGAUCUGGAAAGCACAGACAAGGCAGUACAGUUACUGAAGAGUCGUGCCAACAAAGAUGAUCCUUUCUUCUUAGCUGUGGGCUUUCACAAACCACACAUACCCUUCAGGAUACCACAGGAGUACCUGAGCUUAUAUCCCAUAGAACAAAUGACCCUGGCCCCUGACCCUGAUGUCCCCAAACGCCUUCCACCAGUGGCCUACAACCCAUGGGUGGACGUGAGGAAGAGGGACGAUGUCCAAAAAUUAAACAUUAGCUUCCCUUAUGGGCCAGUACCUGAAGACUUCCAGCUGCGAAUCCGUCAGUACUACUAUGCUGCUGUCUCUUAUAUGGAUGCUCAGGUUGGGCGGCUGGUCAGUGCUCUUGAUGACCUGGGGCUGACUAACACCACUGUGGUGGUGUUCACCUCUGAUCAUGGUUGGUCAUUAGGAGAACACGGUGACUGGGCUAAGUACUCGAAUUUUGAUGUGACAACACGUGUCCCUCUCAUCUUCUACGUUCCUGGUCUCACCGCGCAGUAUGAUUGGCUGGGAGAGUCUACUUUCCCCUUUAUUGAUGUCUUAACCCAGUCAGAGUACCACUUUAAGUAUGACACUGUCAGAAGACAGUUAGUGGAGCUGGUGGAUGUUUUUCCUACAGUCUCCCACAUGGCAGGUCUCAGAGCACCUAAACCUUGUGCUGACGUUUCUUUCCAGGAGGAGCUGUGUACUGAAGGACACAAUCUUGCCUACACCUUCCAACAUGUAGAAACAGGAAAAAAUGAGGAGGCAGUAUCUUUCAGCCAGUACCCUCGACCUGCAGAUACACCACAGAUGAACUCUGACCUCCCUGACCUUAAAGACAUAAAGGUCAUGGGUUACUCCGUACGCUCCUGGGAUUAUAGAUACACUCUCUGGCUGGGCUUCAACCCUAAAACGUUUCAGGUAAAUGUAUCCGAUGUCCAUGCUGGAGAGUUGUACGUGUUGGCAGAUGACCCUACUGAAGACAACAAUGUCUAUAGUGACUUUGACCACAGUGUGAUGAAGAAUAUGGCCAGCCUUCCUCCUACUGUGAGUCUGCAGAUGAGAAUGAAGCUGCAGCUCCUGUACCUCACAGCAGGGAUGAAAACGAGCACAAGAAAGAAGAUGACAAGAAUAAAUUACAGCAGAUGGUCAGAUCGGGACAAGUGCAAAGGGAACGUGGAUGGAUGAAAAACUGUUUAGAAAUGGAGAAAGUCUCAAAUAUUUCUUAUCAUAUAAUUCAUGGUAUCUUUAUUAAUUUUUCAAGCUCAGAUAUCUUCAGGCUGUUGUUUCUUACUAAAAAUGCUUUGGCAGACAUGGUUCAAAGACAUUUGCUAAAUUAAUGAAAAUGCACUUUAUCAAAUUAGCUUUUUUCAAGAGUGAAUUUUAAAUAUGAAGCUUGAGCCAGGAGCUAGUUAGCUUAGCUUAGCAUAACAACUAGAAGCCGGGGGAAACGGCUGGCAUAACUCUGUUCAAAGUUACCAGCACCCUUGUACAAUAGAUUACUAAUGAAAAUAUUUUAUCUUGUUGGUUUAAUGUGUGCACAAACAGAAAAUGGACAUGUUUGGUUUCUAAGAAACUAUAUAUAACUCCCUGAAACAUCACAACUUGUUGAGUAGCUGAACCAUUUUUUCAGACAACUUUACAAAACAAACAUUUGCAUGCAUGAAUCUUGAUGACAGCUCUGAUCGGCUGUGACUUCACUGCCUGCUCUGUGAGAAUCAUGACAUCCCAUUUUACAAGCUCCUUAUUUGUAGAAAAGUUUUUGAAGGAAAACUGGGGAAGCCGUAAGAAUUAGCUCUUUUGAUUAACAGUGACACCACUUUCUCUUUUUGGAGCAAGUGCUUCUUGUUGUACUAUUGAUUAUCCAGUCAGCCUCAGGUGGGGUCUCUGCUUUGAACUGCAACAAGGCAGUUGUUCAGUUUUGCAGUGUGGUGUUAAACAGUAAGACAUUUCUAUUUGCGCUCAGUGUCACUUGCUGCUAUUUGCUUCCAUCACUGUAAACUGUGAAUUCAGAUCAAUUUGUAGACCUGGAACAAAGUGAGUAAAAGCCACCCAUAAUAUUUCAAUGCAAAUGAAACUGUGUUUUACUGCUGCUCCAGUACGUGAACAUUUUGUGCCAUGGUAAUUUAGAGGAAAGCAAUCUCAGUUUGAAUUUCAGGUCCAACAAUGAAUCCAGAGGAUCUGGUCUGUCAACUUUUAUUGGAGGCUGCACUGGCUUCAUGUUAAUAGGGUACAUAGGAAACAUAAUCCGUGGAGUUCUAUUGCACGUCAGGAAAUUGAAGAUAGAAUUGAAUUGUCAUUUUAUAUGUUCUCUCUCUCAUCAAAUGAUUGUUCAGAGAACUGUCCCCCCUCCCCUUUUGACAUCAUUGCAUUAGUGACGGUUUCUAAUUCUUGCAGUCUUAUGUCCUAUAACAUAUUUAACAUGUCUGGAAAAAUGGGUGUGAUCAGUAUCAAUAAACUGACUGUACAUGUAGAUACAGACAAUGGAAAAAUGAGCUUAUCUUUGAGUUUGUUUCAGCAGAGCAUCCUCAUGCUUGAGCUCCAGGUUUCUGAUGGGAAAAUAAAAAAAUAAAUGCAGUAGAAAUCAUUCGGAUUUCAAGCUUGGUAACGACACAUUGUUAAUACACUUAAGUUUGGUUCAACUGCUUUGUAAAAAUAAAACCUUUUUGCUUAAUGCAAGCAGCAAAA